AUGUACCGCCAAGUUAUGGUGCACGAGGCAGAUCGAAACUAUCAGCUCAUAGUGUGGAGAAAAGAUCCAUCAGACUCGUUGAGAUUAUUCAGAUUAAAUACUGUAACAUAUGGCACUGCGCCAGCGCCAUUCUUGGCCAUACGGUGUUUGAUCCAGCUGAGCGAGAUUGCGAAAUCCUCGCACCCCAUGGCAGCUGAAGUUAUCAGGCAAGACUUCUACGUUGACGAUAUGUUGACUGGUGCCGCAUGCGUCGAGGACCUGAAGACAAUUAAGUCUGAAGUAUCGCAGAUACUGCUAGGAGCAGGUUUUGAACUUGCGAAGUGGUUCUCGAAUGCUCCUGGGUUCUCCGCAUCAGACAGUACACCAAAGCCGAUAACGAUCUCCGAGACUGACGCAACCAAGACUCUAGGUGUGAUUUGGUUGCCAAAUGAAGACGUGUUCCAAUUCCGGAUCGACGAUUCAUUCAUGGAUCUUAAAGCGACAAAACGGAACAUUCUCUCGGUGACAUCGCGGUUAUUCGAUCCUCUUGGCCUAUUGAGUCCCUUAAUUAUAAAAGCAAAGAUACUGCUUGAAGAGCUCUGGCUUCAAAAAUUGGAGUGGGACGAAUCCAUACCAUUGAGUUUGGAUACAUCGUGGCAGCAAUUGAAGUCAAAUUUGACACAAUUGCAAAACAUAAAAGUGCCACGAUAUUUGUUCACAGAGGCUACGUCACCGAUAGAGAUACAUGGCUUCGCCGACGCCUCAAUAAGAGCAACUCUGCCACCGCAUCCGAAGGCUGACCCGAUCACCAAUUCAACGGACGGUUCUUUGGUCAGAUUCGGAAGUCACUCUUCAUUGGAUCCGGUCACAUCCUUCCACUCUCGCGACAUUCGUGUCGAAUCGAGUGGCCGAGAUUCAAGAGUGGUCAGAGAGCGUGGAAUGGCGUCAUGUUCCAACUAA